AUGGACGUGUCUAAUCUCCAAGCUGAUAUUGGCGAUGGACCGCGUGAGAUUACUUCGACCACCGACCGCAGAGUCGCUGCUGGCGAGCUUAAUCUGAAGCCGGGACAUCUCAAGAGACGCGGGGUGCACCGGUGAGAUCGCCCGGGCUGGAGCUUCUGCCUUGUAUAAAGCAUAGAUAUUGAUACCGGGGAGUAUAACUUCACCGACGGCAUCAACAACACCCAGUCAUUGGCUACUUCACCGAAAUCGAGUGGUGUUGUGAAGCAGGGUAAGAAUCAAAAGAGCCACGCCAAGGUAUCGGCCACCACCCGAGCAAGGCAACGCACCGACAGCCCUGCACAGGGGAAGCAGUUCGCCUAUCGUCGGCACGGAUGUGCCACGGAAGAAGGGGACAACGGUUGGGACUAA